UUUUUGCAUUCAUUCGUCGUUGAACCACCGAUCCGAGUGGAUUUCUUCUUAGCUUACUUGGCGACUAUUUUUUUCGACAAAUAAAAGUCACGAAAACCCAAUCAAAUUUAAAUCAAACAAACGUUAAUAACAUAUAAUUGAUCCAACUGUAAUAAUAAAAAAGUGAAUGGUUUCCGCUGAAUUUUCAAUCAGCAUGUCCAAAGGUACCUUAAUAACGGUCGCAUUGUUUGCAUUGUCGGGUUACGUGGCAAAUGGUGCAACGGAUAAUUGGGUGAGGAACCCUGAAGUGGCGUUACCUCCAACGAUGAAAAUUUGUCGUCGAACGUUGCCGGUGCAGGAGAGAAAUGAAUGUAUUAUUGAGAGUAUUAAGAGUUACUUGCCAACGAUGAAAGAGGGAUAUGCCCCGCUGGGAAUUGAGUCUUUUGAUCCAUAUUAUUUGCCAAAAAGCCGUCUUGAAUUCCGUCAAGGUGAAUUGUACGCAAAGAUGCUUCUGAAAGAUAUUUACGUUUCCGGUGUUAGCAAGACAAAAGUGCUCGGAUUUCGUUCCAAAAUCAACAGUCAAAAGUCGUACAUGGAACUAGAUGUUCGUUUCCCAAAAAUCUUCAUCGAAGCAGAUUACAAAGGACGCGGCGGUUACAACGAAUUUCAAGUUAACUCCUUUGGUCAUGCGAAAAUCACAAUAACAAACUCUACGGGUACAUGGAAGUUCCUUGGGAACACUGAGACAAUCGAAAAUGAAGAAUACAUGAUGAUUAAAUCGCUGGAUUUGUCAAAUUUUUUGGUGCAAAAUAUGCAUUUCGACAUUGAUGGAUUGUUCCCUGACAAGGACGUUAAUGAGUUGGCAGUUGGAUUUUUGAAUCAAGUAUGGGAGUCGGUAUAUCGGCAAAUUUUGCCGCAAUUAAAGACGAUAUGGGAACCGGCAACACUUGAAAUGGUUAAUAAAAUAUUUGGACGAGUUCCUUUCCGACGAUUGAUGCCGAAGGAGUAAAUUUUACGAAAAGUGUUAGUUAAAAAAAAUGUACAAAAAUAUGUUGGUAAUUAAAUAUAUUAAUUUAAAG